GCUCCUCGGCGGCGGCGGCGCCUACGACUGGACCAACGCGAUGCUGUCGUGGCAGCGCACGGCGUUCCAUUUCCAGCCGGAGAAGAACUGGAUGAACGAUCCCAACGGUCCAUUGUACUACAAGGGAUGGUACCACCUGUUCUACCAGUGGAACCCUCACGGAGCGGUGUGGGGCAACAUCAGCUGGGGCCACGCCGUGUCGCGCGACCUCAUCCACUGGCUCCACCUGCCGCCGGCCAUGGUGCCCGACCACUGGUACGACAUCAACGGCGUGUGGUCCGGCUCUGCGACGCAGCUCCCCGAUGGCCGGAUCGUGAUGCUCUACACCGGCUCCACGGAGGACGGUGUGCAGGUGCAGCUCCUAGCGGAGCCGGCAGACCCGUCGGACCCGCUACUGCAGUGUUGGGUGAAGUCGGAGUCGAAUCCCAUCCUGGUGCCGCCGCCGGGCAUCGGGCUCACAGACUUCCGUGACCCGACAACGGCGUGGCUAAACCCCACCGACAAGGCGUGGCGGAUCGCCAUCGGGUCCAAGGACCAGGAGCACGCCGGGCUGGCGCUGGUGUACCGAACAGAGGACUUCGUGCGCUACGACCCGCUCCCCACGCUGAUGCGCCUCGUGCCGGGCACGGGCAUGUGGGAGUGCGUGGACUUCUACCCCGUGGCCGCUGACCUUGCGGCGGCCGGCGACGGCGGUGUUGGGCUAGACACGUCCGUGCCUCCGGGGCCCGGGGUGAAGCACGUGCUCAAGACCAGCCUCGACGACGACCGACAUGACUACUACGCCAUUGGCACGUAUGAUGCCGAGACGGAUAGGUGGACUCCGGACAACGAGGCGAUCGACGUCGGGAUCGGGCUCCGCUACGACUACGGCAAGUUCUACGCGUCCAAGACGUUCUACGACCCCGUGCGGCGGCGGCGCGUGCUGUGGGGGUGGAUCGGCGAGUCCGAUAGCGAGCGCGCCGACAUCCUCAAGGGGUGGUCGUCCCUCCAGUCAAUACCCAGGUCGGUUCUGAUGGACACAAAGACGGGCAGCAACCUGCUCCAGUGGCCGGUGGUGGAGGUGGAGAACCUCCGUAUGCGCGGCAAGCGCUUCGACGGCCUCGCCGUGCAGCCUGGCUCCGUCGUGCCCCUGGACGUCGGCAAGGCGACGCAGCUGGACAUCGAGGCCGUCUUCCAUGUGGAUGUGGAUGCGUCGGCUGCCGGCGCCGGGAGCGUGGUGGGGGCGGACGCGUCGUCGUACAACUGCAGCGCGAGCGCCGGCGCCUCGGGGCGGGGACUGCUCGGCCCGUUUGGGCUCCUCGUGCUCGCCGACGAGGGCCUGUCGGAGCAGACCGCCGUCUACUUUUACCUGGUCAAGGGCGCCGACGGGACACUCAGCACCCACUUCUGCCAAGACGCGUUCAGGUCGUCGAAGGCGAACGAUCUCGUCAAGCCUGUGUACGGCAGUUCCGUCCCCGUACUCGACGGAGAAGAUCUGUCAGUAAGAAUACUGGUUGAUCACUCCAUUGUGGAGAGCUUCGCUCAGGGAGGGCGGACAUGCAUUACAUCGCGCGUGUACCCUACCAGGGCGAUCUACGACAACGCCAGAGUUUUCCUCUUCAACAACGCGACAAGUGUCAACGUCACCGCAAAGUCGAUCAAGAUCUGGGAGCUGAAUUCAGCUUACAUCCGUCCAUAUUCAAAUUCUUUGUAAGCACAGUGCCAAGCAAUGUUUGCCUGGAUAGUUGACUCGUGCUUUGUAUGUAGCAAUUCUUUGUAUUUUCUUAGCUUAUUGUGAGUUGAUAGUGAAGGACAGGGAAGCAUUGGUGGACCACAGAAUGUAUAUUUGCCACAAAUAAGUGGUUCCGUGUGCUUGAAUAAUGCGUUUUAAGUAAUUUAUGGGACUUCACACAAGAAAGUAAUCUGUCCUCUUCAUGUCAUUGUGUACAAU